AUGGACAAGUACGCGCGCCAUGCAGGCGACCAUGCCUAUGACAGCGACGCCGAGGCUGAUGACGAGUUUGAGCGGUCCGUUUUCACUUCACCAAUCAUUGCGGGCCAUUUUCAGGACGACAAUUCAGACCAUCCUUCAGAGUCAGAGGACGAUCAGUCCAUGGACGGGGAAAACGAUACCCCGACGACACAGGGUUGGGCGGACAGGGAUGGUCGUAGUCCAAUGGGGCAAAUCACAGAUUGGAGCGAGGAGGAGGCUGCAAGCUACAUUGCUGCAUUGUCGCCCGCAUUGAAGCAGUACGCACAGCGGUUCGUGGAGGAGGGUGUGAAUGGCGAGGCGCUGGUUGCUCUGCAACACGAUGAGCUGCGGGAAUUGGGCGUGACUAGUGUGGGGCAUCGCUUGACCAUCCUCAAGGCAGUGUACGAGCAGAAGAUGCUCGCAGGCAUAAGGAUAGAAGAUGGGGAUUACGUGCCGUUGUCGGCCGAGGGCGAAAAGGGCGAAUUGACCGCAACCCAAGACGAUAUCACUCGCAUCAUCGAMUCGAUACGACUGCGCGAUCAGCGGAUCAUGUCUACCGAGGCAGAGCUGCGAGGGCUGAGACAAGAGCUCGAAAGAAUAUCGGAGGAGAACAAAAAGCUCAGGGAAGAGACGCUUCCGAUUGUGCGGAUGAUGAAGGACCAGCGAACACCACUUCCAGAUCCCUCGGGUGGGACCAUACCCUCACCGCGAGAGGUGGAUGCAGUGCGACAAGCAGAGGUAGUUCAACCCCAGAGCAAAGGCAGCUCGUUGAGCAGGAAAUUCUCUACCAAGAAGCUCUUCCUCAAGUCCGACCCUACAAAGCAACACUCUCCUACACACCCGCCGCAAUCACACACUCCACAGCCCAGAGAAGUCCGUGAUGAUGGCGGAACACAUCUUGAAGCUUCGGCUGCCGCAAUGGCGGCAAGCACUCACCUCACAGCCAGCAUGGCGAGCCAGCACAGUCCUAACAGCGUACACGGGCAGCAACUGAGCCCUACCAGUCCUGCAUACAGCGUAUCAGCUGGGCAGUACCAUCCUCCGGGCUCUGCAGCCAGUCGCUCCUUCCCUCGCGAUGUUAACAAUGCAAGGCAUGACCAACGCUCAUACGGGCAUAACGCAGAUGAGCAGUGGAAUCAGGAUACACGCCAGCAGCAGGACAGAUCGCGACGACAAGCGCCCACUCCGAGUCCGAGGGAAACCGAAACGCCCAGCACCGGGCGAGACAGGGACAAUCCCCAAGUCGAAAUCUUCAAAUCAUUCCGCGUCAGCAUCGACGAUCCCUGCCGGGUCGUCCUCCCCGUAGCGCUCAAGAGAUACGACAUCUCGGAUGAUUGGCGACAGUACGCUUUGUACAUUGUACACGGCGACCAGGAACGAUGCCUUGGACUGGAAGAGAAACCUCUACUCCUGUUUAAGCAACUUGAUAAAGAAGGAAGGAAACCCAUGUUCAUGCUUCGGAGACACGCCAGUCCGCAGGAAGGGUGGAGUGGAACUACGGCGACGGGAAAUAUGCCGAGGGAACAUCCAGAGGCCGCUAAGCAAAUUCCUGGCGGCGUAUUAUGA